AUGUUCCCUCCCGAACCCCGCCCCCGCAUCGCCUGCUUCCACGGCGGUGGCUCCAAAGGCGAAAUCUACAAGAUUCAAUGUUCGCGCCUCGCCAACUUGCUCGAAAACGACUUUGAAUUCGUAUUUUUCGACGGUCCCUACACUCGCGACGCCGGUCCCGGCGUCCUCCCCGCCUUCCGCGGCUACGAGCCAUACAAAUCAUGGGUGACGAAUGACAGCGACGGCAAGGAACUCGUUGAUGGAAGUGGAUAUGACGAUGUUGGCCGGGACGGGAUCGAGAGGGUUCUGAAGCUGAUGGUGCAAAAUGACCGAGAGCAAGACGAGCCAGCCGGUCCAUGGGUGGGUGCUAUGGGAUUUAGUCAAGGAACCAGAGUUGUAGGGGGAUUGUUGUUGGAUCAGCAACGCAGAGCUGCCUCGGGCUGGGAUGCGAAUGAGGGGAUCCAGUUGAAAUUCGGUGUUUGUUGCAUGGGGGCCGGGGCACCGCUGGAAUCGGAGGUUUCGAAACACUUCAACUUUGAAGAUAACACAGUCUCGCUGCCUACAUUGCAUGUCCACGGGCUCAAGGACUGGGUACUGCCGCUCAGCCGACUCCAGUACGCGAAAUAUUAUGACUCGAAAACCAAGAAAUUGUACGAGGUAGAUUACCAUCACGCCAUGCCUUGGAAUACGCACGAGGUACAGAAAUUGGCGGAUCUAAUACGGCAGAUAUUUAAGGAGAAUGCCUGA